AUGGCACUCUCCGAAUCCGCAAUGAGCCGUUAUUUCGGCUAUCUACUACUUUUGAUGCUGAUGAUGAACGUGGUAACAGUUUCGGCGGCACCCUUCUACUCCUCAGAACAGAUACUGCAGCCAGUUCGGCGAUUGUCGCCGUCCAUGUCGACUUUCUGCUACUUCCAUCCCAAGGUUUGUAAACACACAGAUGCCCUGGGAGAGGAAAAUAAACUGGCCAGACGGCGAAAACGACGAGGCCAUUACUUCAACCAUCAAGUGUGA